CACUGAGAGCGAGACUGAGGUUCAAAUCUGACGAUCGCUGGGAAAGAAAGCUACCAGUAUUGAAACGGUUGUGAAAAAUGGGUGCAUCAAAGGGGUUGGUGGCUUUAGUCUUGCUGUAUACUUGCACACAGGCUGCAGCGCUCACAGUGUCCGUGUUCGCGACCACGUCCAAAAGUAAGACCCUGCGAUGGAACAGGCAUCCAGGGGCCGGCUCAUACUUGGUCACCGUGCGGGAAAAGUCCUCAUCAGCGGUGACCGCUUUUGUCCAAUUCGGGGCCAACACCGUGAUGGGCACCGUCAGGCCCCUGGCCCCCAACACGGUCUAUGACUUCACCGUGGAAGCUUUGGACGCGGACCAACUGAGGCUGGAUGUGGCGGUUGUUGAGUCCUUAACAGCACCUCCACUAAUGGACCCCGUCCAAAAAGUCAAGCCGAUGGACAGCGAGACCCUAAUAGUGGAGUUUGACUCGGUCACCGGAGCCACUCAUUACGUCGUACGGGUCCAAAACGAUGACGGCUUUUUCAGAGAAGACACGGUCUAUUCCUCCCCCGCCGAGAUUGCCUCCCUCGCCCCGUACACAGAGUACACUCUCAGCAUCAUGGCGGGGAACGCUGGCGGCCGCAGUCAACCAUCCCUUUCUGCGACUGGAAAGACAGUUUUGCCGCCUCUCCAGCUCUCCGCCUCGUCUCCCAGUAACGACAGUAUCGUGGUAUCCUGGGACCUGCUCGUGGAUGCCCUCCAGUACACCUUGAGCGUGUACGAGGUGGGCUCCAACAACAGUAUAACAAAGAACACCACCAGCACGGAUCUGACAAUCUCGGGACUGGACGCUGGCUCUCUCUACAUGAUCAUGGGCUAUGGUUGGGACCCUGAAGAGAGAAAGGGAGAGGGAAGUUAUUACAUCAACCAAACCACACGGCCUCCAAUGCCUGUUUCCAUCAAUGUCUCCGUGGUGACGGCUGAUGACCUGGCCGGACUGUCCGUCUCCUGGGAAUUGGAUCAGCUGGUCUACGGGCCCAUUGAGUACCACGUGACCAGCGAUCAGAACCGUACAUGUAACUCCACAUCAAGCCUCUGCCUCCUCUCGCCGGUGGGCUGUGGGGAGAUGCACACCAUCCAGGUUACUGCCUCCAAUGAGGCCGGGCCCGGUCAUCCAUCCGUGCCAUUCCACUUCGUCACCUUCCCCUGCCCACCUGAGUCCUUAGCUAUGGUCGAGUCAAUGGAAGCCAACUGCACUCUGUCUUGGGAUACGGCGCCGUACGCCGACCGCUACAUGGCCUACGUAAAGAGAGUUGACGGCACGGAGGAGACGUGCAACACCACCAGCAACUACUGCGCAUACCACUGCCAGUGUGGCUACACGCACCUGGUGUCGGUCUUCGCCUUCAACGACGCCGGCUCCAGUCCUCAAGGACCGGUUAUCAACCACACCACAGUGCCAUGUUGUCCGGAGGGUGUGGCCGUCACCCUGGUGGGCACGGAGACCCUGGAGAUCACCUGGGCGGCGUCACUGGGGGCGGAGCUGUACGAGACCCGGGCUGCGGACGGUUCGGAGGUCAUCCUGUGCAAUGACACGGCGCCGGUCUGCGCCCUCUCUGACCUGGGUUGUGACAGUCCCUACAGCGUGGUGGUGACCCCCUGCAAUGACGUCAGCGGGUGCAAUCGGGCAUGCGGCGCCCACACCAGAGACACAGCUCCCUGCAUGCCCGUGAACAUGCAGCUCCAUCAGAAAAACUCUUCCUGUGUCACGGUGAGCUGGACGGGAAACAACCGUGCCGCCAAUUACAGUGUGAGCGCGGCGGGAGCGGAAGGUACGCUCACCUGCAUCUCCGCUGGAAGCAGCUGUGACCUCACGGGUCUUCCUUGCGGCUCCGUCUUUGAAGUCAGCGCCAUAGCGACAAGCGCUGCCGGACAGAGUUUACCCAGCUACUCGGAAACCUUGGAAACAGAACCCUGUUGUCCAGUCAGCCUCACAGUGGACCAGACCACUCAAGCCAUGACCAACCUCUCAUGGUCCCACGCCCAAGGUGCUUACUCCUUCAUGGCCUCCUUGUGGUCACCGCGGGGUCACGCCAGGUGUCACACUCAGGACCACCACUGCCUCAUGGGAUGCAUCACCUGUGGCACCAACUACACCGUCACCAUGGAGGUUCACAGCCACAGCGGGCGCAGCGCCAACUGCACCUACCAGGGCUUCUCGUCCAGCGCGUGUUGCCCGUCGGGCAUCAAACUUUACAGGACGGCCGAGAACUCCCUGCGGCUGCACUGGCGCACGGCCGGCGGCAACGCACGUUACACCGCCGAGAUGCUGGGCAGCAGCAACUACACCUGCACCACAACCGCAGGGGAGAGCGGCUGCGAAGUCGCCGGCGUCCAAUGUGGGGAAGUGUAUCACGUAAUAGUCUCCCCGCUGACCCGGGACGGCAGCAAAGUCUCAUUCUGUCCUCAGAGGAUUUACUCAGUCACGUGCAUUGGAGGUGACGUCGGCACAGUGAUUUACAGAGGAAAAAGAAGUGUGGCUGAGCAGACUCCUGCCGCCGUUCAACAAACCUAGAAUGACGUUCUUCACCAACACCGUCGUCCUUCUGCAACAGCCGUCCUCCUCCUCUGGAUGCAUGUUAGAUCCUCUCCUUCAGGGGUGUCAAACGUACAAGAGUUUGCUAAGUAUAAAAAACGAGACAAAAUGUUUUGACUGAAAGAAACCGCUGUUCUAAAUGUGUCCACUAGAUGUCGCAAUAGCAAUUCUUUGUAGAUGAUGCUACAUUCGUCACGUCACGGGAGUCAGGUGUGCCGAUUUGAAUAAAGAUUAAAUGUACCGCCGGAAACUCAUCAAUGAUCUUUCCAGAUACUGAGGACGUUGCAGUCUUUCCAAGUUCCGUCUCCUACUGUUAAAGACAACAAGGUGGACUAGAUGACUCGUAACACCUGGGGAAUCUAAUCACCUGUCCAGCUGUGUCUCGCCGUCAGCUCUGCCACGACCCCCACCUGAUGGUGCUCUGUCCUCAGCACCACGGACAGAGGCGGUGACAUCCGCUCCUGCAGGCAGCGCUGGCCACACCUCCCUCCACACAAAAAAAAAAAACACAUGUUAGUGCACAAGUCGAGGAAAAUGAGCAAGCGUAAAUAACAUCCUGUAAUUUGAUUUUUUUAAUAAUAUUUUUCUAUC